UUGCGUUAUGAGCGUAGAAGAAGAAGACAGCGACGAAGAAGAAGAGAAGGUGGAAAAGGAAGAACGGGGGAGGCGGUACGGAUAAAUCAUGGCUGCGCAUAUAGUACGGAGGCGAACUAGAUUGCACCUUUUUUUGUUGUUAUCCCCUAUUUGCGUCUCGGCGUUCUUAAACUUGGAAGAACUGAACGAGAUGAAAUAUGAGAUUCAGAUUCUUCCCGAUCCCGUCAUGAUGGGUCAGACCAAGACGGAUGAGGUCAUGAUGGUGUCCAGCAAGUACAAACAGCUGUAUGAGUGUCGCCUUCCAGCCCAGGCGGUCCGCUUUCAUCAGGACCCGGUCUCAGAUCCUGAUUCACAAGGGUACACAGGGCCUGACAUCCCCGAUCUACUCAGGCCCAUGCAAGAGCCCCCCUGUCUGGUGUUGACAAAAGACUGGUGGACAUACGAGUUCUGCCAUGGUCAGCAUAUCAGACAGUACCACCUUGAAGACUCAGAAAUUAAAGGGGACAUUCUGUUCCUGGGCUACUAUGAGUCUGAAUUUGACUGGGGAAAUGAAACUGCAAAGGCCUCUAAACACCACAGACUGAAACGCUUUCAUAGUCAGACAUAUGUAAAUGGCUCCAAGUGUGACAUCAACGGCAAUCCCAGGGAGGCUGAAGUCCGGUUUGUGUGUGAAGACGGUUCGGGUGAUUACAUCGCCCGAGUGGAUGAGCCGCAGUCAUGCCGCUACGUGCUGACCAUUCAUACUAGUCGCACAUGCCAGCAUCCCUUACUGCGGCCUCCGUCCACUGCCAAGCCCCAGGGGAUCAUAUGUCAGCCGGCGCUAAGUGCACAACAGUACAUGGACUAUGUCAAAGCUCAAGUCUCUGACACAAAACGUAAAGUGGAGCAAAUCUCUGCGGAGCUGAGGAGUCUUGACGAGAUGUUGGCCAGUAAUGAGGAAACGGAGUCAUCGGUAGCUGGAACGACAGAAGAAACAUUACCAGAUCUCAGCGAUGCUCGGGACAAGUCAGACCAAGAAGCAGUUACUGCUGACAUGUCUGAGGAUCCCGAAUCAGAAGACCCAGAAGAUUCCCAGUUUUGGGAGAGAAUAACAAAACCAGAAAGUUCAAAAACAAGUCCUUCUCAUGAGAAGAGUGAGCAGGAAGUUGAUGAUGACUUCAACGCAAUCACAGACAAUGAAGUCCUUGAUGAUGGAAAUGAAGGUGAAAAUUUCAACUUUAAAAUCAUCACGGACCCAUCAGACCUGAUGAAAUUUGUCCAGCAUCUCAAGGAGAGUAAUAAAAAGAAAGCACAAAAACAAGCAAAGGAGCAAGUGGGGAACAGGGGAUCGGAGAAGCGCAGCAAAGAUGACCAAGAGAAUGAUGACGAACAGUUACUUAAGGAUUUUGAGGAUGAGAUGGCAGAUGUCUCUGUGCCGGCUGAUAAGACUGCUAAGAUCAAGGAAACAAUGCAAAAAGAGUUUGACAACAUCAUAGAUGAGGCACAACAAGAAUUGGACACAGAGGGGUUGAAGGGGGAGUUUGAUCGCACGCAGGCUACCCAGGCACUGGAGACAACCCUUGACAAGCUUCUUGACCAUUUGGAGGAGAAAGAUGAGCUGGGCCCUGACCAGGAAAAAGGACGAGCUCAAAGACCCAACGACCCGACCAGGGGAAGCCCCAGCUUGGCUCCAAAGCAGCCCGACCAAGAAGCUGAUGACCAUAUUAAGAUCAAAAUAACUAAGUAUAAAACAGGCAGCAACUACGAUGGGGAGUUGAAAAUACAGGAGUUGGGCAAAGGAGAUCCGCAGUGGCAGCACAUAAAGGACGUGGUUAAAGAACAGCUAGAGAAAGCAGGACUGAAGGCUGAAGGUAAAAUUGAGGUGAAGAUCUUGACACGAAAGAAUGCAGACGAGGCAGGUGAUCAGUGGUUGACCGAAGAAGACACUAAGUCAUUCCGAGAACUCCUCAUAAACCUGCUGACUGGAGGCACUGAGGAAGUUCACAAAGAGCAAAAGCGACAGCAGGAAUUGGAAAACAACUACAGGUUUGUGUGGGGCGAUGGCCAAGAGGAAUCCCAGUCUUCCAGCAACUCGGACUCUGAUGACAUAGAUUUGUGAGGGCAUCCAACACGCUCGGUGCCGCCAUUGUGAAGACGCACACCCGUGGGGAUCAGCGAGAUGGGGAGACUCUGAAGCGCAGCCCCCAAUUGACAAGUGAUUCAUUUAUUGCUAUUAAAGCCAGAAGGUGACGUGACCUCACGUUUACACCUUCCUGAAUCUUGUCCAGAGUCUGCACUACGUCUUUAAAGAUUUAUGUGGUACGACAGAAUCACUGUCAACUCUAGUUGAAUGAGUUAUGUGUUUUCCCUCUUUUCCCAGAUGGCUGCAAAAAAAAAAAAAAAAAAAAAAAAAAUCAGGAUAUGGACAAUGGGAACAUUUUCAUGAAUAUUUAUAACAUGCUGCCUAUUUUCCAUUGUGGUCACUUCUCUUGCUAUUUGGAGAGGUCACCAGCUGUGUGCAACCUCCGCGCUUGUUCCGGUCAUUUACCUUUGACUGUUUAAUGUGAUACAAGGGAUGAAACUGUCACUAAACCCAAGUGUACAUUGCACAUGCUGUGGCACUUUAGGAUUUUUAGAAAAGCGCCAUCUUCCCUUUGGGGUGGUGAAUAUGACAAACUGAAUAUCUAUUCAGUGUUUUUUUUUUUUUUUUUUUUCAAUAAUGUUCGUUAAAUUCCAUUAAUUUAGUAACUGAAAGCAAGGAGAGAUACAAUGAAGAAAAACGUAGAUUGUCCAUCACCAUGACUUGUCAUGGUAAUCUGUAAAAGUUGAAUCAAAAGCAACUUGACUCUUGAAGAGAGUGUUUCAAAUUUAAGUUCUAAAUCUCAGGUGUAGCGUUCCUAUAUUAGUGUGACAAAAGGUACACUUCAUUUACCAGGCACAGUUGGCAGCAAAAAAAAACAUGAAUGCCCCUAAGGAAUGUAGGCGACCUAAGAUUUAGAACUGAAGAAGUCUUUUCAAGAAGUGGAAAGGUCUUUAGCAAGGAGGAGUAGCAGCCAGUAGCCUCAAUUUUACUAUUGUGGAGUCUUAAAAAAAAAAAUCUACUUUAAAGGGCUGAAUUUGUGGACUUGUGAAUAAUUAUGGCUCUGCCAAUAUAUACACUGUAUUGCCAAAAGUAUUCACUCAUCUACGUUGUCUCGUGAAUUUAAGUGACAUCCCAUUCCUAAUCCAUAAAGUUUAUUAUGACAUUGGUAUUGGUCACACACUGAUGUUGCACGAGAAGGCCUAGAUCUCAGUCUCUGCUCUAAUUUAUCCCAAAGGUGUUCUAUUGGGUUGAGGUCAGGACUCUGCUGGGCAUUCAAGUCCAUCCGCCCUCGAGUCAGUCAUCCAUGUCUUAAUGGACCUUUCUUUUUGUACUGGUUCACAUUUGUUUUGAUCGUGGAAAGGGCAAAAUCCAGGCUGGUCCUACAGCGUUGGAAUCAUUGAAUUGUCCAAAGUAUCUUGAUUAAGAUGAAGCAUUUAUUUCCUUUCACUGGAAGUAAGGAGCUAGCUACUGAAAGACAACCCAAUACCGUUACUGCCCCUCCACCAAAUUUUACACUUCCACAAUGUAGUUAGACAAGUACUCUUCUAACAACUGAUGAAUUCAAAUUGCCUGAUGGCAAAGCAUUUGUCAAUCCAGCAAACAAAACUCUCCUGUUUUGGCGUCUACUAUCCUUGCGUUUUAUCCCACUGCGUCUGACUGUUCACAU